GCGCGGCCGAGCCGUCUGAGGGAGCGGUGGGCACUGGGCCUCGGGCGCCGCUGCCGCCAUCGUGAGAACGGGCAGAAUAUUUGUGAAUUUCAAGCCCAAGAUGGCUCAGAAGAGGAACUCAAGUGGGCAGGCAUUCCCAUUGCUGCUGCUGCUUAUUGUUGUGGCUUUUGUUCAUUUGACUGUGUGUCCUUUCACAAAAGUGGAGGAAAGCUUUAACCUACAAGCUAUCCAUGAUGUGGUAUACCACCAACUGGACUUGGAUAAGUAUGACCAUCAUGAAUUUCCUGGAGUUGUCCCAAGAACGUUCCUUGGACCAAUUUUUAUUGCUGCCCUUUCCAGCCCAGCUAUAUAUGUACUUUCUGUGCUAAAAAUGUCCAAGUUUUACUCCCAGCUGAUAGUCCGAGGAAGCUUGGGGCUCAGUGUGAUUUACACGUUAUGGAAGCUGCAGAAAGAAGUUAGAAAACAGUUUGGAGCAACUACAGCAUCAAUUUUCUGUCUCAUCACUGUCACUCAGUUUCAUUUGAUGUUUUACUGUACACGAACUCUCCCUAAUGUGUUUGCACUUCCUUUUGUGCUCCUGGCAUUGACAUUUUGGAUACAGCAAAAGCAAAGGCCAUUCAUUUGGUUCUCAGCUUUGGCGAUUAUAGUCUUCAGAUCAGAGCUCUGCAUAUUCUUAGGCCUCAUGCUCCUGGUGACUUUAUUAACUAAAAGAAUCUCUGUUUUCAAGGUCCUUUCCCAUGCUGUUCCUGCUGGAAUUUUUUGGCUGGGGCUAACAGUUGCUGUGGAUUCUCUAUUUUGGAGGCAACUUGUGUGGCCUGAGGGGAAAGUGCUCUGGUAUAACACAGUUUUAAACAAAAGUUCCAACUGGGGAACCUCUCCCUUCUUGUGGUAUUUCUAUUCAGCCCUGCCUCGUGCUUUGGGAUGCAGCAUUGUAUUUGUACCUUUAGGUGUAACAGAAAAGAGAACUCGGAUUUUACUUUUGCCAGCACUGGGCUUUAUUUUCUUGUAUUCGUUUCUCCCACACAAAGAGCUGCGUUUUAUCAUAUAUACUUUCCCCGUCUUCAACAUAGUGGCUGCUAAAAUGUGCUCACGAAUUCUGAAUAACUACCGGAGAUCCUGGCUCUACAAACUUGGAUCUUUCUUUGUUAUCAUGCAUCUUCUAGUUAAUGCUGCUUAUUCAGGAACAUCUUUAUAUGUUUCACAUUUCAAUUAUCCUGGAGGAGUGGCAAUUCAGAAGUUGCAUGAGUUGGUACCUUCAACAGCAGACGUCUCUGUUCAUAUUGAUGUGGCUGCAGCACAAACUGGAGUUUCUCGGUUUCUAGAAAUCAAUUCUGAUUGGAGGUAUGACAAAAGGGAAGAUGUUAAACCAGGAGACCAGUUGAUGUUUUCUUACACGCAUAUACUGAUGGAAACAAACCCUCUUCAAAUAUCACAUUACAAGACAACCCACAGGCCACUGGCAAAUAUACCUGGCAUCAGUAAAAUUGGGUUGAACCUUACUGCACUACCUCCUUUUACUUUAAACUUGAAACCAAAAUUAGUACUGUUGGAAAAACUUCCUCUAUCAUCUUGACUGUGAAUUUCAAGUCUUUUGAUGUGAUUUUGCUGAUGACUGAACUGUAUAAGACAGAAGCAAAUCAUCAUUCCGGCACUGCAGCUCAGCUUCUGUGGAACGGCACAGAAAAUCCUUGUACUAAUUGGUAUUUAGCUCUGUCUGUUUCCUACAUAAAUAUUACAGUGCAUUCUUAGUCAGUAUAUACUCAGUAUACUGAGUUGUAUUGUUAAAUAUGUUUGAGAGAGUUACCUCCAAGUUUAGUGAUAUUAAGUAAAAACUGUCUACUUGGUUUGGGUAGCUGUCUGUUUCACAGCACAGGUAUGUCCUAAUUGUCCUAUUUAAAAUACAUAAUGGAACAAGUUCGUGCUAUGGCAAUAAUUUGAUCUGUGAUCUGUGUGUGCAAAGAUGUAUUACUUAAUGUAUCUGCAGGAUUGUAACUCCCUCAGCUGUCAGAGUGCCUGUGUGAAACCUAAUGAUGUUAUCAACGUACGAAAGCCAUAUUCAUUGUUAGCUUCAUCAUAAUACCUAAUAAUGCCCUGUAGGCUACCAAACUAAUUAAAGUGAAAGAUUCACUUAAAAAGCAGUUGGACCUUUAGACAAACACUGUCUCAUAACAGAUUUGAGUAUUAAGGAUGAUUAUCUUCCAACAGAUCAUGAAAAAGCAGCAACUUUGAUUUCACAGGAAAAAGCAUUUUUAAAAUAAGGUUUCCCCUCUUCUGCUGUAAUGAUAUUAUCUUAAUUUGCAGUCCCAUAAUUUACCUUUGAAAAUAUUCACUUGAAUACACUUUAAGAUAGGUGCUGUUUUCCUUUUUUUACUAAGUAAUCCCUUUGGAAAGGAGUACUCUAAUGUGCCAUGUGCUUCAUUCUGUAAACUAGAAUAAGAUUGCAUGCUCUGUAGUGUCUUCUUUAUUAGAUGUUUUUGUUAAGGAUGUCUGCCUAGGUUGCUAAAUGGAACAAGGGAAAAAAGAGUUCUGGUUAUGCCAGCUGUAAUAUGACAAGAGCUCCAUUAGUGUAAAAUAAGAGAAUUGCCGAAAUUAUCAUGGGCAGAAAACUGUUCCUUGCUGAAUGAAAACUUGAGUAAAAAACAAUUACAGAAUAAAGUGGUUUGGUGGGGUUUUUGGUGGGUUUUUGUUUCCUUGGUUGGUUGGUUGGUUGGUUUUGGUUUUUUUUUUUUUUACUCUUAAAAGUGUGCUUGAUUCAAGAGCUACCUUUACCUAUGUGUAUAUAUCAGCUUUCGGGACCAUGCUUUCAUUUUAUUCUCUAGAUUAUGUAUCAGAGGAACUGAUCUGGCUGGGUGGAGCCUGCUCCCCUGUGGGUGGCUAUUGCUGUUGCCCAGGUUUCCUCAGCCUGAGCUGAUCUGGCAAAGGUAACCUGCAGAACUUGUUAGUCCAGUCUCUCCCUGCUCCUGAAAUUGAAAUCACUCAAGUAUUAUCUAUUUGACUUGUCUUUGAAAGAAAACUCAGCUUCCUCCAGAACCAGUUUAAACAUCAAACAAUUCACAUGAGAUAGAUGGAAAUACAUGUGCAAAUAGCUGGAAAUUUAGAACCACACAGAGGAAAACUCUUGACUAAGGAUGUAAGUAGGCCUUUAUGUUAACGCUAAUCAUUGACUUUAUGUAACUCCCCCACACUGUAAUACACAACUCAAGAACCUAAACUAAAAUUUAUCCUGUCCAGCUGUAUACAAAUGUCUGCACUGCUGUAGUUAGGUCUAUGGUUAUUCCAGCUUUCCAAGUCUCUGGUUGUCAGAAUCCUCUGCGGGAACUUGUCUUCUGUUAACUACAGAGAAAACCUAGGGCUGCUAUGCUUGCAACACAGGCACCUCAAGCUAAUGCCUGAAGUGGCACAGUGUGUGUGCAGAUGAGACAUCUGAAGAGUUUCAUCUUGCUGAAUGUCGGACACACACACUGGGUUGGG